AUGUCGACCCCCGGUUCGUCUACUCCUGAAAACCUCAGUGAUGAGCUGAAGGCCGUCGAGACAAAGGCUGUCAACCAGACCAUUGCUCAGAUCCGCUCCCUCGUCGCAGGUGCGGCGGGUGGUAUCUGUGCGGUGGUUGUCGGCCAUCCCUUCGAUCUGGUGAAGGUGCGGUUGCAGACGGCGGAGAAGGGUGUCUACUCGGGCGCCAUUGAUGUUGUCAAGAAGACUAUUGCCCGUGAGGGUUUGGCUCGGGGGUUGUACGCUGGUGUUUCGGCUCCGCUGGUUGGAGUCACCCCUAUGUUCGCCGUUAGCUUCUGGGGUUACGACGUCGGUAAAACGCUUGUCAGCCGGUUCUCGAACGUGCGCAUGGAGAACAACACCCCCCAGUACACAAUCGCCCAGAUCUCCGCUGCUGGUUUCUUCUCCGCCAUUCCUAUGACACUGAUCACGGCUCCCUUUGAGCGCGUGAAGGUGCUUCUGCAGAUUCAGGGCCAGAACCCUCCGCCUCCGGGACAGAAGCCCAAGUACUCUGGUGGUCUGGACGUUGUCCGGCAACUAUACAAGGAAGGUGGGAUUCGGAGUGUCUUCCGCGGAAGCGCCAUGACUCUGGCUCGUGAUGGGCCUGGUUCCGCCGCCUACUUCGCUGCGUACGAGUACAUCAAGCGCAAACUGACCCCCAAGGACGAGCACGGCAAUGUCACCGGUGCCCUGUCCAUGCCCGCCGUCCUGGCUGCCGGUGGUGCUGCCGGUAUUGCCAUGUGGAUCCCCGUCUUCCCUGUCGACACCAUCAAGUCGCGUCUCCAGAGUGCCCCCGGCAAGCCCACAAUCGGCGGCACCAUCCGGUCGGUCUACGCCAGCGGUGGCUUUAAGGCGUUCUUCCCUGGUUUCGGUCCUGCCUUGGCCAGAGCUGUGCCUGCAAACGCGGCUACAUUUGCCGGUGUCGAACUCGCGCACCAGUUUAUGAAGAAGCUCUUCGACUAG